ACUACGUGGAAACUUGGAAUAGGUCUGCGGCUGCACACCGCCCGGACGCCGGGGUUCCUGCGCCCCCCGCCCCCUCUGAUCGCGGCUGGGUAGCCGAGCGGCAGGGAGCUGGGGGCCCCCGAGCGCCGCCUCUGCAUUGCGCCGCCCCUGCCCCGGGCUCCGGUAGCUUUCGGGCUUCCGCACUGCCCGCCGCGCCCUGCCCACAGGGAAGCGCUUCCCGAGGCGGCGGCGGUCCUGGUGCGGACCCUCCGGCCGCAGCCAUGUGGGACCCGCGGGCAGCUAGAUUUCAGCAAUGCAGACAGGAAGGUGAACAUGCCCUGCACGGGUCUGGCAGCAAGCCUCUCCCGUCUCCUCACAGGAUGGACCUGACAGCUUAUGCUGAGCUGCUGAAAGAAUCCGGCAACCAGGUUCUUAAGAAUGGGAACUUCUCUUUGGCCAUCAGAAAGUACGAUGAAGCCAUCCAGAUUCUCCUGCAGUUAUACCAGUGGGGGGUUCCCCCGAGGGACUUGGCUGUGCUGCUGUGCAACAAAUCAAAUGCAUUUUUCAGUCUUGGAAAGUGGAAUGAGGCGUUUGUUGCUGCCAAGGAAUGUCUCCAAUGGGAUCCAACCUACGUGAAGGGAUACUACCGAGCUGGUUAUUCCUUGCUGAGGUUGCACCAGCCUUAUGAAGCCGCUCGCAUGUUUUUUGAGGGUCUGCGACUUGUGCAGAGAAGCCAAGACCAGGCACCGGUUGCUGAUUUCCUUGUUGGAGUCUUCACCACUAUGAGCAGUGACUCCAUUGUUUUGCAAAGUUUCUUGCCUUGCUUUGAUCAUAUUUUCACAACUGGAUUCCCAACAGAAGUGUGGCAAUCUGUAAUAGAAAAGUUGGCAAAGAAAGGAUUAUGGCAUUCAUUUCUACUUCUGUCAGCAAAAAAAGACCGAUUACCAAGAAAUAUUCAUGUCCCAGAGUUAUCACUGAAAAGUCUCUUUGAGAAAUACGUUUUCAUUGGACUUUAUGAGAAGAUGGAACAAGUGCCCAAGUUAGUCCAAUGGCUCAUCUCUAUUGGUGCAAGUGUUGAGACUAUAGGACCGUAUCCCCUUCAUGCCCUCAUGCGACUCUGUAUCCAAGCCAGAGAAAACCAUCUUUUCCGGUGGUUAAUGGAUCACAAGCCCGAGUGGAAAGGCCGCAUUAACCAGAAGGAUGGGGAUGGAUGCACUGUCCUGCAUGUCGUCGCUGCCCACUCCCCAGGAUACCUCGUCAAGCGACAAACAGAGGAUGUGCAGAUGCUCCUGCGCUUUGGGGCAGAUCCCACUUUGCUGGAUCGACAGUCUCGGUCUGUUGUGGAUGUCCUGAAGAGGAAUAAGAACUUCAAAGCCAUCGAGAAAAUCAACAGUCACUUGGAAAAGCUAGCUACGUGUUCUAAGGACCUAUCAGGAUUCAGCAAUGGUGAUGGACCCACUAGUGAAAACGACAUUUUCAGGAAGGUCUUGGAGCAGCUGGUGAAGUAUAUGAACUCAGGAAACCGGUUAUUGCAUAAAAACUUUCUGAAGCAGGAAGUAGUUCAGAGGUUCUUGCGUCUCCUUUCUACUCUGCAAGAAAUUCCUCCUGACCUGGUCUGUGAUAUUAAUCAAGACUGUGCCACCACCGUCUUCAAAUUCUUAUUGGAAAAACAGAAAUGGCCUGAGGUGCUUCUGCUGCUGACCCGCAAAGUAAGUGGAGAGCCACCGCUUGGGGAUUGCCUCAUCAAAGACUGCAACUUCUCAGACCUCGACAUCUGUACCAUCAUCCCCCAUCUCAGCACCUGGGACCAGCGGAAGAAACAGCUUCUGGGCUGCCUGAUAGACAGUGGAGCCUUGCCUGAUGGUCUUCAGGAGAGCCAGGAGAGGCCAGUUGUCACGUGCCUGAAACAUGAGGACUUCGAGUUGGCUUUCCUUCUCUUGACCAAGGGCGCAGACCCCCGUGCUAUUUCUCUCACGGAAGGUGAUACUCCUUUGCAUGCAGCACUCCACAUCUUUCUAGAGAUCAAAGCUGACAUUGGUUUUAGCUUCCUCAACCAUCUGUUGGAUCUGUUUUGGUCCAACCCCACCGAAUUCGACUACCUCAACCCCAAUGUCCAGGACAGCAAUGGGAACACGCUGAUGCACAUCCUCUUCCAGAAGGGCAUGCUAAAGCGCAUGAAGAAGCUGUUAGACCUGCUAGUGAAGUUUGACAUCAACUUCAAUCUGAAGAACAAAGAGGGCAAAGAUGCACGGCACCGUAUUAAGAAGAACGACUCUCUGCUCUUGGCCUGGAACAAAGCUCUGAUGGAGAACAGGAGGAGGAGCCGGCAGGACUCUGCUGCCCACCUGGGGAAGCUCUCAAGGUCCACUGCCCCUGGUCACACGUCUCAGCUCAAGUCCCAGGGUUCAUUCAAGUCAGUGCCAUGUGGUGCCACUGCCAGAACACUGCCUGAAGGAAGUGCAGUCCCUGACAGCUGGGAGACUCUUCCAGGUACCCAGGUGACCAGGAAGGAGCCUGGAGCUCUCAGGCCCUGCUCUCUGAGAGACUGCCUUAUGCAGGACAUCACAAUUUUGAUUCAGCAGGUUGAAGUGGAUCCGUCUCUCCCAGAGGACUGUCUUCAGAGCUCUGAGCCUCUGGAGGCAGGAGCUGGCAAGGAAGGAAAGAAAGAUGAGCUCCAGCCGACCCUGGGUGCAGGGGCCCCUGACUGUAGUGAGGUGGGGGAAGGACAUGCUCAGGUGGGCCUUGGGGCCUUGCAGCUUGUGCCUGAUGAUAACAGAGGGAAGGAGGGCAAUGACGAUCAGGAUGACUGGAGCACGCAGGAGAUUGAGGCCUGCCUCCAGGACUUCGAUAACAUGACCUGGGAGAUCGAGUGCACUUCAGAAAUGCUGAAGAAGCUGUCUAGUAAGGUAAUGACCAAGGUCAUCAAGAAGAAAAUCAUCUUUGCCAUUCAGCAGCUGGGAAAUGGCGAGUGGACCCAGGGCCUGCAGAAGCGACUGAAGCACCUGAAAGGAAGCAUCCAGCUCUUCGAAGCUAAGCUGGACAAAGGAGCCCGGAUGCUCUGGGAGCUCGCCAUUGACUUCUCCCCUCGAUGCAGUGAGAACCCUGAGAAGAUCAUUGCCACGGAGCAGAACACAUGUGCAAUGGAGAAAUCAGGGCGGAUCUACACGGAAAUCAUCCGGAUUUGGGACAUCGUCUUAGAUCACUGCAAACUGGCUGAUUCCAUCAAGGCCAUCUGCAAUGCCUACAACCGGGGCUUGUCCUGUGUCCUGCGGAAGAAGCUGAAGGGUAUCAAUAAAGGCCAAGUGUCAGCUAACAUGAAAAUUCAAAAGCGUAUACCUCGCUGCUAUGUGGAGGACAUGGAGGCCGAAAAGGGCAGGGAGCAUGUCAAUCCUGAGUACUUUCCCCCAGCCAGUGCAGUGGAGACAGAAUAUAACAUCAUGAAGUUCCACAGCUUCAGCACCAACAUGGCCUUUAACAUCCUCAAUGACACGACAGCCACAGUGGAGUACCCCUUCCGGGUGGGCGAGCUUGAGUACGCGGUGAUCGACCUCAAUCCCAGGCCACUGGAGCCCAUCAUCCUUAUUGGGCGAAGUGGCACUGGGAAGACAACCUGCUGCUUGUACAGAUUGUGGAAGAAAUUCCACGUUUACUGGGAAAAAGCUGAGCAGGCAGGAAGCCCGUUGCUGGCCAAACAGGUCUGGCUCAAGAGAAGGUUGGAAGUGGAACCCGGAAAAGAGGGUCCAGGUGGGGAGGAAGAGGAGGAGGAAGAGGAUGAGGAAGAGGAAGAUUCUAUUGAAGUGGAAACAGUAGAAAGCAUAGAUGAGCAGGAGUAUGAAGCCUGCACAGGAGGAGCUGGUGUGGAACCAGCAGGGGACGGCCAAGCUGCAGAAGUAUGUGCACCAGAACAUCCCCACCAGCUGGAGCAUUUACAUCAGAUCUUUGUGACCAAGAACCAUGUGCUGUGCCAGGAGGUACAAAGGAAUUUCAUUGAGCUUUCCAAGUCCACCAAGGCCACUAGUCAUUACAAACCACUGGACCCCAACAUUCACAAACUCCAGGACCUGAGGGACGAGAACUUUCCUCUGUUUGUCACUUCCAAGCAGCUGCUUCUUCUGCUUGAUGCUUCUCUGCCCAAACCAUUUUUUCUGAGAAACGAAGACGGAAGCUUGAAAAGAACCAUCAUAGGAUGGUCUGCACAGGAAGAGUCAACCAUCCCUAGUUGGCAAGAGGAUGAGGAGGAGGCUGAGGUGGAUGGGGACUACAGUGAGGAGGAUAAAGCUGUAGAAAUGCGUACGGGUGACAGUGACCCCCGGGUGUAUGUGACAUUUGAGGUGUUCAAAAAUGAAAUAUGGCCCAAAAUGACCAAAGGGAGGACUGCCUACAACCCUGCACUGAUUUGGAAAGAAAUAAAAUCUUUUCUAAAGGGUUCUUUUGAGGCUCUCAGCUGUCCCCAUGGGAGACUCACUGAAGAAGUAUAUAAGAAAUUAGGGAGGAAACGGUGCCCCAAUUUCAAGGAAGACCGGAGUGAGAUCUACAGCCUCUUCUGUCUGUAUCAGCAAAUCAGGUCCCAGAAAGGUUAUUUUGAUGAAGAGGAUGUUCUGUACAACAUAUCCCGGAGGCUGUCGAAGCUCAGGGUGCUCCCAUGGUCCAUCCACGAGCUCUAUGGUGAUGAGAUUCAAGACUUUACCCAGGCCGAGCUGGCGCUGCUGAUGAAAUGCAUUAAUGACCCCAACGCUAUGUUCCUCACGGGGGACACGGCCCAGAGCAUCAUGAAGGGCGUGGCCUUCCGCUUCAGCGAUCUGCGCUCUCUGUUCCACUAUGCCAGCAGAAACACAGUAGACAAGCAGUGUGCUGUCCGGAAGCCGAAGAAGAUCCACCAGCUGUACCAGAAUUACAGGUCUCACUCAGGAAUCCUCAAUCUGGCAUCUGGAGUGGUGGAUUUACUUCAAUUCUAUUUCCCAGAAUCUUUUGAUCGCCUUCCAAGGGAUUCUGGCCUCUUUGAUGGUCCCAAGCCAACUGUUCUGGAGUCUUGUAGUGUAAGCGACUUGGCAAUAUUGCUACGAGGGAAUAAAAGGAAAACUCAGCCCAUUGAAUUUGGAGCCCACCAGGUAAUCCUUGUGGCCAAUGAAAUGGCAAAGGAGAAAAUUCCAGAAGAGCUGGGGUUAGCACUUGUGCUAACAAUUUAUGAAGCAAAAGGCUUAGAAUUUGAUGAUGUCCUCCUUUACAACUUUUUUACUGAUUCAGAGGCUUAUAAGGAAUGGAAGAUCAUUUCCUCAUUCACACCUACAUCAACUGACUCCAGAGAGGAAAACCGGCCAUUGGUUGAAGUACCCCUGGACAAACCAAGCUCUUCUCAGGGUCGAUCUCUCAUGGUGAAUCCAGAAAUGUACAAGCUCCUCAACGGAGAGCUGAAGCAGCUGUACACCGCCAUCACACGGGCUCGGGUCAACCUCUGGAUCUUUGAUGAAAACCGAGAGAAACGGGCUCCUGCAUUCAAAUAUUUCAUUAGAAGAGAUUUUGUCCAAGUUGUAAAGACAGAUGAAAAUAAAGACUUUGAUGAUAGCAUGUUCGUUAAGACCUCAACUCCUGCGGAGUGGAUUGCACAGGGAGAUUACUACGCCAAGCACCAGUGCUGGAAGGUUGCAGCCAAGUGUUACCAGAAGGGAGGUGCAUUUGAGAAGGAGAAGUUGGCCCUGGCCCAUGACACUGCCCUGAGCAUGAAAUCCAAGAAAGUCAGCCCCAAGGAAAAGCAGUUGGAAUAUUUGGAAUUGGCUAAGACCUAUUUGGAGUGCAAAGAGCCAACGCUGUCCCUUAAGUGUCUGAGCUAUGCCAAGGAGUUCCAGCUCUCCGCCCAGCUGUGCGAGAGGCUGGGGAAGAAAGCUCUGUUGGACAGAGCUGCUAGUCUGGAACACAGCUACUCACAGAGUGGUCAGGAGGCUACAAACUAUUAUUUGUCUGCAGCAAGAUUAACACAGAAGAUAAAAAUAAGAGAUGCUGCCUACUUCUAUAAGCGAAGCCAGUGCUACAAAGACGCUUUCAGAUGCUUUGAGCAGAUUCAGGAAUUUGAUCUAGCACUCAAAAUGUACUGCCAAGAGGAGCUUUUUGAAGAAGCUGCUAUUGCAGUGGAAAAGUAUGAAGAAAUGCUAAAGACCAAGACCCUUCCCAUUUCCAAGCUCUCCUAUUCUGCCAGUCAGUUUUACUUGGAAGCUGCAGCAAAGUAUCUGAGUGCAAAUAAGAUGAAGGAAAUGAUGGCUGUCCUCUCAAAGCUAGACAUAGAAGACCAGCUGGUGUUCUUGAAGUCUCGGAAACGCUUAGCAGAAGCUGCAGACCUGCUGAACAGGGAAGGUAGGGGAGAAGAGGCUGCCCUGCUGAUGAAGCAACAUGGCUGCCUCCUGGAGGCUGCCAGGCUCACUGCUGACAAGGACUUCCAGGCCUCAUGUCUGCUGGGGGCCGCCCGCCUCAAUGUGGCCAGGGAUUCCGACAUAGAACACACCAAGGACAUUCUGAGAGAAGCACUUGAUCUCUGCUAUCAAACUGGCCAGUUGUCUGGCAUUGCCGAGGCCCACUUCCUGCAAGGGGUAAUCCUGAGAGACUUUCAGAAGCUCAGGGAUGCCUUCUUCAAGUUUGACACGCUCAACCACUCAGCUGGAGUGGUGGAAGCACUCUACGAAGCAGCCAGCCAGUGUGAGGCCGAGCCUGAGAAGAUUCUGGGCCUGGCUCCAGGGGGCUUGGAAAUCCUCCUCAGUCUGGUCAGGGCUCUCAAAAGAGUGACCAACAAUGCUGAGAAGGAAAUGGUCAAAUCUUGCUUUGAGUUUUUUGGGAUUUCCCAGGUGGAUGCCAAGUAUUGCCAGAUAGCUCAGAAUGACCCUGGGCCCAUAUUAAGAAUAAUUUUUGACCUGGAUUUGAACUUGAGAGAGAAGAAAACAAAAGAUCAUUUUUUGAUAAUGACUGAUCAAGUGAAAUUAGCCCUAAACAAACACCUUUUGGGCAGGCUGUGUCAGAUCACACGGAGCCUACUUGGGAAGACCUACCGAGGAGUCUGCAUGAGGUUUAUUGUAGGCUUAAAAUGUGAGGAUGAAAACUGUGAACAUUUUCACAGGCCUUUGCGGCGUUGUGAAGCCAAGUGUUUAGUUCAGUCGAAAAUGAACUUGGUGGCAAUCAACGGGUUGCUUUUGGAAGCCAAAAAAGUAUUCCCUAAAAUCUUAGCAGAAGAACUUAAAGAAAUUGAUUAUAUUUUGUCUACAGAUAUGUAUGGAUUUUGCAAGUCCAUUCUGGAUGUCCUUUUCCCUAAGCAUUUCCAUCAGAGAGUGUUGUCAGAAAACCCCAUGGCAUGCAAAGAAAUCCUCAAACCAAAUUACAAAUCCUUCCGGUUCUACAGAUUUGCUUUGAAAGAGUACAUCCACUUUCUGUUUGAAAACGAAAGCGCACGCAACCGCCGGGAAUCCACAGACCUGUGGCUGAGUGCCAUGCAAGCUUUCCUUCUCUCUUCCAACUACCCGGAAGAGUUUGAAAAGCUGCUCCACCAGGAGGAGGACAACUACAACAGGGAACUCAAAGCUCUAGAGUCUGAAAAGGAUGAAAGGGGCAGGGGGAGAGGCAGCAGGAUAAAAGGAAUAGAAGGGAAAUUUGGCAUGCUGGCACCCAACAGGGAUGAUGAAAAUAUGGACAAGACCCACCUGUGCUUCAUCCGGCUUCUGGAGAAUUGCAUUGAUCAAUUCUAUGUGUACAGGAACCCAGAAGACUACAAGAGGCUCUUUUUCCGUUUCAUGAAUGUCCUCAUCAAGAGGUGCAAAGAACCACUCAUCCCCAGCAUUGGAAACACGGUAGCCCUCCUGGAGUUCCAGUUCAUCCACUGUGGGGUGGUGCUGGCCCGUCUCUGGAAGAAUGUCAUUCUGUGCCUCCCCAAGAGCUACAUUGCACUCUUGCACUACUGGGAGUUCCUGUUUAGCAAGAAGGACAAGGAGCUUGGGGAUGUGUUCUCCAUCAUUCAGGAAUACAAACCCAAGGACGUGACAAGAGCCAUUCAGGAUUUCCGGUUCCAUCUCUCCUACCUCGCCAAGGUGCUAUGUGGCUAUGAGAAUGUGAACUUCAACGUCCUGCUUGAUGCCUUCAGUGAAAUAGACUAUGUGGUCUCAGGUGAGGCUGAGCGGACACUGGUGCUGUGCUUGGUGAUGCUAGUGAAUGCUGAGGAGAUCCUGCAGCCAUACUGCAAGCCUCUCCUGUAUCGCCACUUCCGGGAGAUUGAGUCAAGGCUGCAGCUCAUGAGCAUGGACUGCCCUGGCCAGGUUCCCGAGAGGCUCCUGAAGGUGGUGAAGCGGGUCUUGGUGGCAGUCAAUGUGAAGUCUGUGGCUGAGGCACUGCAGGACCUGCUCUUUGAGCGGGAUGAAGAGUACCUAAUGGACUGUGACUGGCGGUGGGACCCUGUGCACACCAAAGGGUCCAUAGUCCGUGGCCUCUAUUAUGAGGAGGUCAGACUAAACCGCCUUCUCUGUUUGGACCCCGUGGACUACUUUGCUGAACCUGAGUGUGAGUUUGGCCAGGAUGAGAUGGAUGAACUGGCAUUAGAAGACCGAGACCACGUCCUGGCCACCAUUCUUUCCCAAAAGCAACGGAAGGCCUCCAUACAGCGGAAGUUGAGGAGGGCAUGCCUGGUGGUUUCUCUGUGCAUCAGUUGGAGGAGAAGAGUGGGCACCCAGAUGGAGCGUGUCAGGGAGGAGGCCAGGGAGCCCAGGGCUGGGAACUUCAAAAAGGCAGACGUGGACAGGACCCAGUGUGACCUAUGUGGAGUGAAGUUUACCCGUGGCCCAGAGAACUAUUUCAGCCCCAGCAAAGCAUUUGAGGGGGCAGCUUCCGAGGUGGCAGUCCUUUCCAGGGCUGAGCUGGAAAGGGAGGAGUGUCAGGAGAGGAACAACGAGUCUUACGAGCAGCAUAUCCAUCUAGAACACCACCAGAGGCAGCAAGUGGCCUACCAGAAAUACUCAGAAUUUUUCCACGAGAAGGUGGACCCGGCCAUUGAUGAAGGCAAGCUUGUGAUGCAGGACAUCGAGCAAAGUGUAUGGAUCCACAGUCACGUGGGCUCCAAGGAGCACAGCCACAUGCUGCAGAAGGUCCAGGAGCACAUCAAGAGGGUUUCAGAUAUGGUGGAGGACCUCUACAGGCGGAAGGCCUGGGCUGGUGCGGAGGAGGCGAUGACUCGGCUGGUCAACAUUCUGAUCCUGUCAGUCAGGGAUGCACGAGACUGGUUGAUGAAAACAGAGACCCGCUUAAAGAAGGAAGGUAUUGUUCAGGAAGAUGAUUAUGAAAAUGAAGUUGAAGACUUUGGUGAGCUUCGUCCUAGAAGGCGUUCUCGGAAAUGUGGAAAGCAGAGAAAAUGCUAAUGUCCACACAGCUGCAGCCUCCUCAUCCUUCGGAACAUUCCACUCUGACUUAGAAUUCUGAGUGCUGGGGCAGAAGACAAAAAGAAUGUGAAUUAGCAUUUUAAAAGUAGGGGAGUCUAACAACACCAUUGCUUUUUGUUCUCAUUACCUCUCUUUCAGUGGCUUAGGAUCUGAUUGCUCCCUCACCUCUAAAGUGUUUCCAAGUAGAGUCUAGCAGUAUUAGUUCCCCCGACAAACAAGUUCAGGUAGAGAAGCUGUAGUCGAAGGGAAUGUUGGGACUCCUCACUGCAUGGUCCCUGGGGCAUCUGGCUCAACCCCAUCAUGACAUGAGUUGGUAGCAGAGGACUAGGUGUUAAGACAGACUCUCCUCACCUCAGUUGCUACUGCUCUGGGCCAGGAAAUCUCUCUAUGGAUUCCCUCAUCUCCUGCCACACUGCUGCAGCAUCAAGUGUGCUAUGAGAGCUGUAUGCGCCCAGGGGUGGGCCCUGCCACUGGCCACCCCGAGCCCAGGAUGCAUUCUGGUCAUCUCUGGGCCCACUUGUAGUGUAGUUUCUUCUGUUAGAGAUGUUAGCCUUUUCUCUCUGUGGCGACUUUUCUGCCUUCCCUCCCUCUGUUUUUUGUGAUCAUUCUUAGCUACCUGUGCCAAGUCACAGUUAGACUACCUCAGAAUGUAGUCAAGAAUUCACCCAGUGUUCUUUGGAUGUCCCUUCCCUAGAGGGAAAGGCUGGGGAAUGUUGCUGGGAGCAUUCCCAGCUGCCUCUCCAAAGUGGUCCUAACUCUGCCUUGGCUAUGGUGCAGACAUUCCAAAAAGUGUUUUGUAUACAGCCCUGUACAUCUAGUUUUCUUGGUUCCCCCUGGCAAGUUUGCUACCCUAGCUUAGGCUGACGUUCUGAUGAGUCUCUGCUUGCUGAGCUCAUCACUGUGGGACAGUGACCUGCAGAGCUGCAGGUUGGAGCAAGUGGACAGAGGAGGAAGCCAGCUAAGCCAAAUCCGUCACUGCCACUUGGCUGGCAGGCCUUAUAAGAGGGCGGAUCUGGGCCCGUUUGCAGGAGGCCAUUGCCUACCCUCUCCCCACAGUGAGCCAGCAGCCAUCAGCUGAUCCCACUUGGGAAACCUUCAUUCCUCUCUGAUGGUUACUGCCCACCCUUACCCCACCCCUCAGCUCAGCCUGGUAUGGAAGGCCAGGUGCACGUUGGUCUUUGAUUGUUCUGUCCUCACAGCAGAGCCAGCUUUCCCCCCAUGUUGCUGCUGCUUUUGCUGCUCAUGCUGCUCAUUGUUUUCUCUUCCUUGUCUUUCCAAAUUGUUUCCUUGAAAUGCUUGUUUCCAAUUUUUCUUAGAUUAUGUUUCUAAUUUUUAUUCCAGGUGGUUUUUUUUCUUACUUGACAGAAAAAAAGAAAACCCCAACAAUAUCUUGCUGUAUUAUCACAUUUUUUAUAAAGUUAAAGCAUUUCUCUUA